CUCGCACGCUCCCUAGUCCAGCACCGAACGAACGAUGGAGUAAAGCACGACAGCGAGCAAGAGAACGUAACGAGGUGCAGACUUUGACAGCAGGGGCGAGGCGAGUGCGUUCGUCAUUUGCUGUUGUUGGUAAUCUCGCAAGGCCGACGAGCGAGAAUAUUGCCGUGCGCUUGUGGAGCUCCCUCGCUGAUUCGAACCAUGGCGCAUGCAUGUACCGCCAUGCCGGUGGCCGCCGUUGCUGCUCCUGUCGCAGGAUCCUCUUUGAGAAAGUCCCCGGCUUCCUUGCGGCAUCCAUCGUCGUUGCCGCAGUCGCUGCGUCUCCCCGCUCUCGUUUCGUCGUCCAGAAGUAGAAGGGGAAUUAUCGCUCCUCAGGCAUCUAUUCGAUCCGAGAGGUUAUGGACACCAUCAUCGGAUGUUGUGAGAGAUGUGUGGUCUAUCAGGAACGAUCUCGAUGUGCCUACAUCCAUGUAUGCUGGCCCUUAUGCCAACCAGGGGCAAGGACCACCACCGAUGGUACAGGAACGAUUUCAGAGCGUCAUCACCCAGCUGUUCCAACAUAGAAUUAUCAGGUGUGGUGGUGCUGUCGACGAUGAUAUGGCGAAUUUGAUUGUUGCACAACUUUUGUACCUUGACGCCGCUGACCCCAACAGAGACAUCAUCAUGUACGUUAACUCUCCAGGAGGUUCUGUCACAGCUGGAAUGGCAAUUUUUGAUACAAUGAGGCACAUAAGGCCUGAUGUGAGCACUGUGUGUGUGGGAUUAGCCGCUAGUAUGGGAGCUUUCCUUCUCAGCGGUGGCACCAAAGGAAAGCGAUACAGUUUACCAAACUCGCGAAUUAUGAUUCAUCAACCUCUUGGAGGUGCUCAAGGUCAACAAACUGACAUUGAGAUUCAGGCUAAUGAAAUUUUGCAUCACAAGGCAAAUUUGAAUGGUUAUCUCGCCUACCACACUGGGCAGCCUCUUGAGAAGAUCGUGACGGACACUGAUAGGGAUUUCUUCAUGAGUGCGAAGGAGGCCAAGGAGUACGGGCUUAUCGAUUCUGUAAUCUCUAAUCCUUUGAAGGCACUACAGCCACUACCUGCACCAGUUCCUGCUUAAUUUGCAAAUAUGAAUACAAAGUUCGUCUCCAAAUUUGGAGCAAUUGUCAAGUUUCCUUAACCAAGAAUGUUGUAAGAUUAUCCUAUAAACUAACCAUCUUGUACUUCACCCGCAUUUCAUGCCGUCUUUCAAGU